AUGGAAGACGACCGGGCGCAAGUCGACCUCGGCAUCGCCGCAGACAUUGAAGAAGCCCAACUCACCCAGGCUCAUCAACCCGAGCCCACGAGCGACGACGCUCCUCAAUCCACCACCAAGCAGCCCAAGAAACGAUUCGUAGGCAGAAGGGCAGCCGCGGAGGCAGCAGCAAAGAAUGGGACGACAAGCGCCGACGGCGAAAGCGGCGCCAUUCAAGCCGCCAAGCCAAGACGAGCACCCCGUCUUUUGAACAGAGUCCCCAAGGAUAUCCUCGAUGACCCAAAUCUCAAGGAAGCCAUUGCCCUGCUCCCGGCCAACUACAGCUUUGAAAUCCCCAAGACCAUCCACAGGAUUCGAACCUCUGGAGCCAAGAAGGUGGCCCUCCAGAUGCCCGAAGGCCUCCUGCUCUUCGCCACCACCAUCUCGGACAUUCUCACGCAGUUUUGUCCUGGCAUCGAGACCCUCAUCAUGGGGGAUGUCACCUACGGCGCAUGCUGCAUAGACGAUUACACGGCUCGAGCCCUGGGGUGCGAUUUGCUGGUACACUAUGCGCACAGUUGUCUCAUCCCCGUCGACGUGACCAAAAUCAAGACGCUCUACGUCUUCGUCGACAUCAGCAUCGACACGGCGCACCUGCUGGCUUCCCUGGAGCGCAACUUUGCUACGGGUAAGACCAUGGCCGUCGUGGGCACCAUUCAGUUCAACGCCACCAUCCACGGCGUACGGAGCAAUCUGGAAGCAGCAGGCUUCAAGGUGCUCGUCCCGCAAAUCGCGCCCCUCAGCAAAGGUGAAAUCCUGGGCUGCACAUCCCCCCGGCUCAAGGACGAAGAUGCUGUCGACAUGAUUCUGUACCUUGGAGAUGGCCGCUUCCACUUGGAGAGCAUCAUGAUCCACAAUCCUUCGAUACCGGCGUACAGGUACGAUCCGUACUCGAGGAAGCUUACGCGUGAGACGUACGGCCACGAUGAGAUGCAGUCUCUUCGGCGGAGUGCGAUUCACACGGCGAGAACGGCCAAACGGUGGGGGCUUAUAUUGGGUUCGUUGGGUAGACAGGGAAAUCCACAUACCAUGGCUCUUAUUGAGAAGAGGCUCAAGGAGAAGGGCAUACCGUGGGUGAAUCUGCUGCUGAGUGAGAUUUUCCCGGGGAAACUGGCCAUGAUGAGUGACGUUGAGUGCUGGGUGCAGGUGGCUUGUCCACGGUUGAGUAUUGACUGGGGGUAUGCGUUUCCACGGCCGUUGCUGACACCAUAUGAGGCCUUGGUUGCGCUGGGGGUAAAGGAGGAGUGGGACAAGGGGAGUGUGUAUCCGAUGGAUUAUUAUGGCAAGGAGGGCUUAGGGAGGGCGAGACCUCUAGAAGCAAGUUAA